AUGGUUGCUGCUACAAAGCGGUCGCUUUCUGAAUUCCUUGAAGGCGAUGAACUGUUCGUGGAAGCUGAGAGAGACGAUAUGAUAACAGGAAAUCACGCAGGUGUUAAGCUGGCUCUCCAAAACACCGAAAUCCCGGUUAUACACUCAAAACUUGAUCAGCUCCGCAAGGAUCUUGAAAAGCUUGAAGCGAGAAUGGCUGGAACUGAACAAAAACUGGCCGGAACUGAACAAAGACUGGCCGGAACUAAACAAAAACUGUCCGAAUUUCAACAAGAACUGGCCGGAACUGAUCAAGAACUGUCCGAAUCUCAACACGCAUCCGGUCAGUUCGGGCAGCAGGCGCGCGCACAAUUCAGCAUUGGUUUCGCCGAUACCUUUGUGUUUCUCUAUGGGGUUGAUCCUAUCCUUGCUAAGAAGAUCGAUGCCUUGGACCCAGCUGGGUAUGCAGGUGAUUACUUGGAUCCCAUGCAAGCAGAUGCUCAGCUUAAUGAACUCCAUAAAGCAUAUAAGGAUUUCUGGGUUGCUAGCAGAUUGAUCAGUUCUGAAGAGCUACAACGCGUCUCAUUAUUUCUACAACCUGAGAUCUUUCUCUACCUUAACUCAACUACCAAAAAUGGGAAUGAAUACCUCAGUCUCUUAAAGAGAGCUUAUCAUAUCACAGUCACUCAGACUAAGCAAGAAUAUACAGAAAAUCCAAGAUUCUUCUCACUUGCUCCCGUACAAAGACUGCAAGAGUUCCAGAAUUAG